GAAGCUCAGGACACAGACACAGUGACACAUUUAGACACACUCAGACACAUCUCGUUGCUCUGAGAGUUGUGCUGUUAGAAACUUCUUAGAAACUUUAUCAUUGACAGACUCAGCAGAGGACACUAACUCUCUCUCUUCUCCAGCUCUUGGAACAAGUUGAGAGCUCCGUCAGAAAUGAGUUCAGCGCCUGCAAUGAAUAGGACUAGGAAGACUAGGAGGCUUCAAAGGAGGACCUGUCCUUACACAAAGACUGACUGGCAGCACAGGACAAAGGUCUCAGAAGAUGAAUACCCAGACACCUCUCUGCACGAUGCCCUUGUGAGACUAUUGAAGAGGACAGCCAGAGAAGACGAAGCAGGACCGUCCUCUUCAGUGGACGUUCACAGAGAAAACCUCAUCUCAUCUGCAGAGGACGACAGACGACUGACAGAGACAAAGGACGACAAACUGAACACCGCACAAAAUGUGCCCGUACAUGUGCAAAGAGAGCUCCGUAGCACGUCAGAACCAAGUUCAACGCCUGCAAUGGAUAGGACUAGGACGACUAGGAGGCUUAAAAGAAGGACCUGUCCUUACACAAAGACUGACUGGCAGCACAGGACAAAGGUCUCUGAAGGUGAACACCCAGACACCUCUCUGCAAGAUGUCCUUGUGAGACUAUUGAAGAGGACAGCCAGAGAAGAUGAAGCAGGACCGUCCUCUUCAGUGGACGUUCACAGAGAGAACCUCAUCUCAUCUGUGGAGGAUGAGAGCAAGAGAGUCGGUAAGAGUAUGCUUACCGACUGUGAAGAGAAGAGGAAGCCAGACCUGGACCUGACAGAGACCAGAGAUGACAAACUGAGCACCCCACAAAAUGUGCCCGCACACGUGCGAUUUGAGCUCCGUAGCACGUCAGAACCAAGUUCAACGCCUGCAAUGGAUAGGACUAGGACGACUAGCAGGCUUAAAAGAAGAACAUGUCCUUACACAAAGACUGACUGGCAGCACAGGACAAGGGUCUCUGAAGGUGAACACCCAGACACCUCUCUGCAAGAUGUCCUUGUGAGACUAUUGAAGAGGACAGCCAGAGAAGACGAAGCAGGACCGUCCUCUUCAGUGGACGUUCACAGAGAGAACCUCAUCUCAUCUGUGGAGGAUGAGAGCAAGAGAGGCGGUAAGAGAAAGCUUACUGACGAUGAAGAGAAGAGGAUGCCAGACCUGGACCUGACAGAGACCAGAGACGACAAACUGAGCACCCCACAAAAUGUGUCCACACACGUGCGAUUUGAGCUCCCUAGCACGUCAGAACCAAGUUCAGCGCCUGCAAUGAAUAGGACUAGGACGACUAGGAGGCCGAAAAGGAAGGCAUGUCCUUACACGAAGACCGUCUGGCAGCACAGGACAAAGGUCUCUGAAGGUGAACACCCAGACACCUCUCAGGACGAUGUCCGUGUGAGACUAUUGAAGAGGACAGCCAGAGAAGACGAAGCAGGACCGUCCUCUUCAGUGGACGUUCACAGAGAAAACCGUAUCUCAUCUGCGGAAGAUGAGAGUAAGAGAGGCGGUAAGAGACGCGGUAAGAGAGGCGGUAAGAGAAAGAAGAAGCAGAGACCAGACCUGACAGAGUCCGAGGACGGCAAACUGAACACCGCACACAAUUUGCCCGUACGUGUGCAAAGAGCUGCAUUCGAGGACAAAUAUCAACAGCAAGAGAAGCUCGGCGAAGGAGGGUGUGGAUCUGUGUUUGCUGGAUAUCGCAAAGCAGAUAAUUUGCCUGUUGCCAUCAAAUACAUCCCGAGCGACAAUCAGUGCAUCAAACACGUGGACGAGCAUGGGAAUACGCUCUCUGUGGAGGUCGCCAUCUUGUUGAAACUGGCGGCCGAUACAAGUGGCUCAGCGGCCUCCUCGGCACCUGUGUCCCUACUGGACUGGUACGAUCUGGAACAGGAGCUGAUCCUGGUGCUGGAGAGACCAGUCCCCUGCAUGGACUUGUUCACGUACAUCUGGUCAAAGGGAGGCUCCUUAAAAGAGGAAGAGGCCAAGAUCAUCCUGAAACAGCUGGUUGAUGCAUUAAUUGAUCUUGAGGAUAAGAGCAUCUUUCACCGGGACAUCAAGGUGGAAAAUAUCUUGAUCGAGACCGGCUUGGACGUCCCGCGAGUUCGCCUCAUUGACUUUGGACUGAGCUGCUUCGUGAAGAGAGGAGCCAAUUACCGCGACUACUACGGUACCCCUAGUCUCAUCCCUCCGGAGUGGUACAAUGGUCAAGGCUACAGUGCCGGCCCCACCACAGCGUGGCAGGUUGGAGUGGUCCUGUUUCAUACGCUCCACAGGGACGAAUUUUUUGAGACCCUCGCGUUCUUCGAGAACGGCGUGACGUUCAACAAGAGAAUGUCCAAAGAUUGCAAGGAUUUCUUGCAAAUGUGUCUGACUGUAGACCCCGAACAGCGCCUGACCCUGGAGCAGCUCAAGCAUCACCCAUGGCUCAGAUAAACCAACCCGGAACACACACGUCCUCGCCAUACGAUACUCAAAUCUUCCAAGUACUAAUGCUGCUCUAUCUUUGACAGGAAGAAUGUGAGGAACCGGGGCGGCCAGCCUGUGAUAGGCUGGCAAGGUCACCGGCCUGUGAUAGGCUGGCGAGGUCACCGGCCUGUGACAGGCCGGCGAGGUCACCGGCCUGUGAUGGCCUGGCGACCCGGCCUCCAGCCUGUGAUGGCCUGGCGACCCGGCCGCCAGCCUCUGAUGGCCUGGCAACCCGGCCGCUAGCCUCUGAUGGCCUGGCGACCCGGCCUCCAGCCUGUGAUGGCCUGGCGACCCGGCCGCC